AGCUGGGGGCGGGACUGGGGCCCGGCCUUUCCCCUCAGUAGCCCCGGCCUCUCCUUCCUUCCUCGCUCCCGGGGGGGCCUUUAGAAGCCAAGCCGCGGCUCCCGCCCUGCGGCGCGCCAGAGGACGGGGGCGGGACCCUGGGGAAGGUGGAACCCGUGGGAUCCAGAAGUGCGGGCCGCGCGCGCCUGCAGCGAUGACAUCAGCUGGUUGACGCCGAGGGAGAGAGAGGGUUAAGAAUCCGUUGCACUCGUGCGGCUUCGAGCUGAGGCGGGCGGGCCUAUGAAAUGUAUUUUGUGUUCCACAGUACUAUUAGAGCAGAUGGAAAAUGCUGUGAGGAAGGUAUGGGAUGGUCCAUAAAAGUAUCACAAAUUCUUAUUGGACAACCAAAGGUUCUGACAAAUGUGUGCUGUAGACUUUUUCUCUGCCUGAAUUGAAUGAUAUCACAGAUACUACUGUUUAUAACACUUGUGAUAUCACUCAGAAGAACUAGAAUGUCUUCAGCUCAGGAUCUUGAGUAGGUACUGAUGUUGCAUUAACCUCCUUCUUUUGCUUGGAAUCAAAAUGUCAAAGAAAUCUGAGGCUCCGCUUUCCUUGACUGACUGUCUUUGCCAAAUCUGCAUGGAAAUUUUUGUGGAGCCAGUGACCCUGCCAUGCAACCACACACUCUGUAACUCUUGUUUCCAGUUGACAGUAGAGAAGGCAAGUCUGUACUGCCCUUUUUGCCGCCGGCGGGUCUCUUCUUGGGCACGAUAUAAUGCCCGCAAAAAUACUCUUAUCAAUUGGGAACUGUGGGAAAGGAUUCAAAAGAAUUACCCAGAAGAAUGCCAGCGCAGAGUUAAUGGACAGGAUCUGGAAGAGGACAUUUGCAUAUCCCAACCACUGCAUCAGCUAAGCAAGCCUGGGGAACUGAGACAGGAAUAUGAGGCAGAGAUUAGCAAGAAAAAACUUCUCUUACAGGUGAAGGCAGAGAGGCGGGCACAUGAACAAGAGGAGAGCAAAGCAAGUGAGGAGUACAUUCAAAGGCUAUUAGCAGAGGAAGAAGAAGAGCACAGGCUGGCAGAAGAAAGGCAAAGAGAGAUGGAUGAACAGCUUAAACAAGAUGAAGAGCUGGCAUGGGAGCUGAGUAUCAAUCUGAACAAGUCUACCAGUGAACACAUGUUCAGCACUCCUUUACUUGCAAACAGUCAUACGUCUGGCCCAUCUCCAAUUAGUUCAUGCAAGACAAAGAACAAAUCAAGCAACUCUGGAGACAUCCAAAAGUAUCUAUCUCCAAAAUCACCUUGUGCCUCGGUAUCAAUGUCGCUCUCUAAAAAAGCAGAGAAAGGCAGGAAUAACUCCUUUUCUAUGGAAAAUAAUAGCACUGAAGAGGACAUCUUAAUGUGGCAAGAAAAGGAUAGAGAGGAAAUGCCAACAUUGUCUCCACAAACUUUCUCUACUGUUCAAGACAGAAAUGUUAAGGAUUCAUUUUUAGAAUCAUGUCUGACUUAUUUAAAUACCUCUCCUCUAGUGGGGUCUCAUCCCAUUGAGUGGGAAGGUCUGUCAGGAGCAAACUAUCAGGUAGAUAAAAUUACAAAUGCACUUCGCAAUGUCACAAAACAGGAAAGGCCUGAUACUGGACUUCCUUCUUCCAGUGGAGAGGUAGCCAGAAGUGCCUUUGAAAAUGAUAACUCUACAUGUACAGAAAACAUAGACUUUGAAAAAUGUGCAGAAAUUAGCUCUUCUCUUCAGGAAGUGGUUGAUUCUGUGACGUCUGGCAAAUUAGAGAAUAGGGAUGCAUCCCAUAAUCUCAUGGAAGUGGCUGCAAACUGCUCAGUUGAAGUAAAGAAACAAAAUGUGUUACAGAACAGUAAGGAGACUCCAAAAAGAAAAUCUCAAGAAUCUCCAACUGAAGCAGCAGUUGAUUUAUGCUUGAUUGAUAAAAGGAGGAAAAUUUUUCUAGAAACUUUUGAAGACCAAGAGGAGAAGGUAAAUGAUCUUAAUGUGCAAAUGCAUAUAGAUUUGGAGAAGCAGCUUUAUGAGAGGCGUAAGCAAGAGGAGCAAGACAGGCUCCUGGCUCUGCAACUUCAGAGAGAGAUAAACAGGGAGCAAAAGACAUUAAACCGAAAGAAAGGCUCUCCAGAUGAGUACCUUCUGCGUCCUAAAGCAUCUCCAUCUUUGGAGGAAUCUCCAACUGGGAGAGGUAGUCAUAAGAUGGCAAGUGAGUCGACAUCUCCCAAGAGCCAGACUGAAAUGAGUCAUCGGAAACUGCGAAGAAGCUCCCACAAUGAGAACUGGCAGCCUCCCAGCAAGCUCCAGAUGAAAUCGCCCAGUGUCAGAGGAGGAAAAGUGUUGAACUGUGUCAACAGCUGUGCCUCAAAGGAUAUCCAAUCUCUGUUGACCAAGAAUAAGCAAAAGACAAUCCUUCAGAUGUUUAAGAGGUCUGUUUCAAAGUAAAAGAUCAAUAGGACUAUGAAGGCACAGUGGGGUGGAUGGGAAAUAAAGCAGUAUCCUUCCUGGUAUCAGAUAAAGCUUCUUGUAAACAGCUACUUUUAAGUUGAUUGUAUUAAAGGAGGAUCAUUUUAGAGCAUAAAUGCACUCAGAAUUAUACAGUGCUGUUGAGCCAAGGAGCCUCUAAUGCCUUCCUUUUCUCCAGACCUUAUUAGUUUUAGUUAAUUUCUUAACUAAAUACAGAACGAGUCUGUAUCUUCAAUUAUUUGUUCACUGCAGGGCUACAGCACUACAGACUUCCAUCAACACAGCUGCUGUGCAUUAUGUUGAAGGGCUGGACUGGAACCUCACCAUGCUUGAUUAGUGUUGGCUGGUGAAGAUAUGACAGUUAACCAUGUCUGUUGUAGUUUUUUCCCCUCACAGUUUUGUAAUUAGAUUCCUAUAGAAAAUAUUGGAUAAAUUAGCAUUACUUAUUUUUCUACAACAAUAUGAUGAAUUUCAUCAAAAGUAUAUAAUAUACAAAAUCACCAGACUGGAAAAUGGGGGUUGGGGGAGGAAAAGUCAAGAUAAGAGACUAUAAUUUGGAGUAAGUUAUAAUUAAUGAAUCAACAAGUGUGAAUAAGGACUAGGUUUAUUCCCAGUUUUGAGUUAGUUUAUUUGGCUGGUUAUAAGACUACCCUUUCUUUUUGUUAUCUUUGUAGGAUAUCAUCCCUUUAUGUCAGUAACCAUUUUCCUCCUGCUUUGCUUUUUUGGUACAUGUUAAAUGUUUUUGUUCAAAUAAGCAAAUAAUAUCAGAGUUUUAUAAUUCAUCUGAAUUGCUGUUUGUCUAGAAUGCAAGAAACUUCAGGCCUGUGAGGAAAAGUUAUUGCAGGCUACAAAAGAUAGAUAAAGGGUUCUCAUUUGCCCACAUUUCUUCUUCCUUGUUACUUCUCUGAAAUUCCCAGUUUACUAUUUGUUUGCAUUGUGAGGAAACAAAAAUUAAAAAUUUUGUUUCGUGUGGACUUGCCAAAUGUUUACCUAAAUGUUAAUCUACAGAAAUACUGAUGACGCUAUUCUAUGUAUAUUCACAUUUUUAGUGAAUGAGUAUUACAGUAAAUGUUUGAAUCCUAUUUUGAUCUGUACAUUUGUUUGAACAACAAUUAGUUUGGGUGUACUUGGAAUGAAAAAUUCCAAAACAAAAACUAAAAACUGUGUUUUGGCUCUGAGUUUAGUCUUUAAGGUCAAGCACUUUUCAUGGUUUAAGUGUGAGAUGUUCCCAAGCCACAAUACAGCUGCUGUUUCUUCUGACUUUGUAUCAAUUAAAAUGGCUUUCAUCACUA